UCCACACACUGCUGCUUCCCACUACUUCACUGUUACGCACCGCAACUCCCUUCCUCUUCCAGAUCUCCUCUCCUUUUAUAUAGUGGAUAGUCCCUCUUUUUUCCCUUUACUUUCUUCUUCUUCUUUUUUUUGGUUUCAAUCUUUCGCUCUUUUAUUUUUCUUUCAACAUACUACAAACACACUAUUGACCGACUAUGGCUACUACUCAAGACCAACAACAACAACAGGCUGUAGAUUUGAAUUCAGCCAUUAGCACACCUGUCACUGGCAGCAGUGGGCUUGCAAGUAGUGUGAGCACGACGGCUACAUCGACAUGCUCGGCCAACUCAUCCGGGGUACCCGACUUUACCGAAUUUAAGCUCAAUCCAUUCCACCUGACUGCAGAUUCGGGCACCCCAGCUCCCCACCGACUACGAGAAGCACGACGAUCGCUCGCUUUAUAUUUGGAACCGUGCAAGGGCACGGAAUUCCAAACCUCACUGGAGACAUUCCAAGAGCAAUCAUUUUCAAAAUUUGGACCGAAUCAAGCGCACAAUGCCUCACCCCAUGUGUCAGUCUUGGGACGAGUGCAUAUUGAGCGGGGCCAAGAGUUCUUGGCCAAAUGGCAUGCCGUGGACGAGUUUAUAUCGGUUGUCAACCAAGAACUCGACGCGACAGCAACACAGCUACCGCCGCCGUCCUUUUGCGGCUAUGAAAUCACAGAAAGACCGUCGAGGGCCUUGACGAUGCGGUUCCGUGUCGACCCGGCCUACGCACAGUUGGCGAAACGCAUCGAACACAAGAUGAAGAGUCAGUGUGCCGCGUUUGAUAUCCGGCCCAUGGAUCGGAUUGAUCUGGCGUACAACGUAUUGCGACCCAUGCCGAAACAGACACUGAAGAGUAUGCGUGAUAUGGCCAAGGAGACGAUCCAGGUUGAAAUUGGAGGUGCCUGGCAACUGACAUUGUAUGAGGUCAUGCUCGAAAGUCGUGUGGUCGGCGUCAAACAGCAAGUCUCUGCGAUCCAGUCGUGGCCUGUCCGCCAGCCGCCCGCUGAAAAGCAAUCGUCGUCGUUCUUACCAAUGUCCUUCCGUAUCAAGCUCGCCAUGUUGUCCUCUUGGUUGCAGUGGAAUCCGGCAUCGUCGUCGUCCACUGUCAAUCCAAACAAGCGCAUCGAAUAUGAUGCGACCAACAAGGCGGUUACUGCUUGAACUCUUAGCGAAUCCACUCUUUCUUUUGUUUUUGCCUCUCCAUUUGUUUGCGUAGUUAUCAUUUAGAUAGUAUAUCAAUCAUUCUUCAUUCCUCUUCCAUUUCUACCAAGUGUCUUUUCUUUCCCUUUUUUUUUAUUAUCUUUCCAACCCGCACACUCACGACUAUACCUUAUUGUUUAUUAUUCCACUAAUUUAAUUGCUGUUUUGGGGCUACUCCAUCUCCUUAAUCCUCUCUUAUUAUUUCAUUACUAGU